GCCCCAACCUAACCAAAAAGAAGAAGGGGAAGACGACCCGGGAAAUAACAAACAAAAAGCAACAAAAAGAUGAAAACAAAGCAGGCAGAGAAAAGACAAUUUACACUAAAAACUAACUUUUGAUACAAGUAUUUAUUGUAUGCAAAUACGCACAUUAAGGUGUUCUGUGAUGAUUUAUCUUAAUGCCCAGAAAAGUUACAAAGACAGCAAAGCCUUCGCUGCAAUUCUUGGAGCGGCCUUUGUGUGGAGCCAAACUCCAAAAUGUGCCCGAAAUCCGAGCAGCACUCAAUGCCAGAGAUUUCUUCACAGAGGCAGAAGCACAGAGCAGCUCAGCUCUUAAUUCCUGGGUUAGGCCACAAUUUGACAUUUCAGUUGCAACUGCACCUCCAGUGAGACGAGGGAGGAGAAAGUGUCAGUCUGCCACAAGCAUCUUGGAUAGCUGCAGUCAGCUGUCCAGGAAAAAUAGUGUCUGCAAAUUCCCCCAAUUACUGUUUAAAACAGGGUCAAAGGACCAAACUCAGCAACCAAAGGGGAUCUUCAAGAAGAAAGCUAUAGAGAGUACUCAUGUGGAAAGGAAACCUGCCGAAAAGAGAAGGACAGUUUCAGCUGCACAGUGCUCUAACCUACCAAAGGGACAGUUUGCCUCAGUAAGAAAAAAGAGCGCUGAAACAUUCUCAGACGACACUUCAUCCCACCAAAGAUGUUUGGCUGAACCUGACAGACCAUCUGUGCAAGUGUCAGAGAGAUGCAGAAUUCCAGCAGUCUGUGCUUCAACACUUCCCUGUGAAGAGUUUAGCACCACUGAAGUCAGCAGUGUCUGUCCACCUCCUGAUGUGGACACUCCGAAAGCAAUGGAGGAAAGGAACAUUUCUCCGUCUACCCCCUGUGGACAUUUGCUGCUGGCUCAGCCGUGUACGCCUCCAUGUAAUGAGUCACCUGACAUUUUGGUGGCUGACACGCCAGAGAGGGACUAUGGAAUGAAGGUGACAUGGAGAAGAAGAAAGAACUUGAUGGUGUUGUUAAAACAGAGGGGCCAUCUCUCUGAGGCAGAUGCUUUAAUUCAAAGUUGAUGUAGAGAUUGUAAGAUUUGUCUGUAUUCUCAUAAUAGCUGCAGAUUAAUUUCCUGUUUAUUGGUUAAUUGACUAAUUGUUGCAGUUCUAAACAUCAUAAUGCCACGUCUGACAAAGUCUGUUAUGAACCCCCUCUGAACAACAUUUUUAUGCAUGAGUUUAAAAUAUAACUUUAGUAAAUUAGUUUAAUGGGUGUGAUAUUAAAAUCUGUCUUGUGACAGACAGAUUCUAAUGAUACUGUACUGUUUUUAUAAAUUAUGUUAUAUACAGUAGAUUUAAUCCUCACUUGUGGCAACAUAUCUGGAUUGUUAUUCAUAUGCUAAUGGAUUUUGAUAGCAGACAUCUGGAAG